AUGAAUGAAGAGUGCCAUAAAGAUACAGAAGGAUUUUGGACAGCACCUUUACCUUUUCGAUACCCAAAGUCUAGAAUGCCCAACAACAGACCUGUUGCAUGGAAGAGAGCUAUGAUCCUGGAUGCGUCUCUCAAGAAGAACCCUACAAAGCGAGAGCAUUUUGUAUCCUUCAUGCAAAAGGUCCUUGACUCUAAAGCAGCAGAGGUAGCCCCACCUACAACUGACGAGGUAUGGUACUUGCCCAUAUUCGGGGUGUAUCAUCCGAAGAAGCCCGAUAAGAUCAGGGGAGUAUUCGAUUCGUCUGCGACUUACGAAGGCAUUUCUCUUAAUGGAACUCUCCUGUCUGGACCUAACCUUACCAAUAGUUUACUGUCAAUUCUCCUUCGCUUUAGAAACGAUUUGUAUGCAGUGACUGCCGAUGUGGAACAAAUGUUUUACAGGUUUCUCGUGAAGAAAGAACACAGAGAUUUCCUGCGUUUCCUAUGGUACAGGAACAAUGAUCCUACUGAGGAACUAAUAGAAUAUCGAAUGCGAGCGCAUGUAUUCGGUAAUAGCCCGUCACCAGCUGUUGCCACCUACGCCCUACGUAAAGCGGUUGAGGAUGCCGAGAAAGAUGUCAAGGAUCUAGUUAACCAGGAUUUUUAUGUCGACGACUGUCUGCUAUCUCGUCCUACCGCACAACUAGCAGCUGAUGUCGUGAAACGUACCCAGUUGGUGUUGAAGACUAACGGAAACAUUCGUUUGCAUAAAAUAACCUCAAACAACCCUGAGGUGAUGAACGCCUUUCAUGAAGAAGAUCAGUGUCAAACAUUGAAAUCUUUGAACUUUGACAAGGAUGCACUGCCGGUACAGCACAGUUUGGGCAUGUCCUGGGACCUAAACACAGACUCUUUCAAGUUCGAUAUCCAGGUCAAUACUAAACCGGAAACCCGUCGGGGCAUGCUCUCCACUUUAAACAGCAUAUUUGACCCGAUCGGUUUCCUAUCACCAAUCACAAUCCAUGGUCGUAUUCUCUUCAGGGAGAUUGCUACUGGUACCGGAUGGGAUGAACCUAUACCUACAGAGCAACUGGAAAAGUGGAAUGUUUGGACAAGGUCUCUGGAACAACUGAAGGACAUCUCCAUUCAACGAAUGUUCGUUCCUCUUUCCCUCAGCACAUCGGACGGGGUAGAACUACAUAUCUACUCCGACGCCUCGGAGAAGGCGAUUGCGACGGUGGCAUAUGUGGUUACUUUACACGAUGGAAUAUACCAUACUGGUUUUGCGGCAGGAAAGUCAAAGAUAGCCCCAGUUAGAGGACACACUAUACCUAGACUUGAGCUGUGCGCAGCCGUCAUGGCAGUUGAACUUGCUGAAUUUCUUUGCGAAUCUCUCCAUAUAUCUCUACAAUCUGUGAGGUACUACAGUGACAGUAAGGUCGUUUUAGGGUAUGUUAAUAACAAGACACGCAGGUUCUACACAUAUGUUGCUAAUCGCGUGGAAAGGAUUUUGCGCAGCUGUCGAGCAGAUCAGUGGUCAUACGUCAAUACUAGAGAAAAUCCGGCUGAUCUUGCUACUCGUUCUUCCACCAAGCCAGAGGAUUUUGCAAACAGCAACUGGCUGCGAGGUCCUGAACAACUCUAUAAAAACUCUGCUAUAACACCAAGGGAGUUUCCAUUAGUAGAGCCAGAUGAUGACAAGGAGCUGCGACCGGAAGUCACAGUAGCUUCCCGUAAAACUGUUUUAGAAGAAAGCUUCAUUGACCGCUUACAAGAUUUGUCUAACUGGCGCAAACUAGUGAAUGUCAUAGUCCUGAUUAAGAGAGCUGCUCGUCGCUUCAAGGGAAAACUUACCCCGGACUCUCCGACUGAGAGCACAACACAUCUAAUCAAGGAAUCUACUGCUGUUAUCAUUAGACUUAUUCAAGAGCAUGCUUACCAUGAAGAAGUUUUGUGUCUAAGGGAAGGAAAACAUGUGCCCAUGUCAAGUCACAUCAGGAAUUUGGACCCUUAUCUGGAUGGUUCUGGUGUCUUGCGUGUAGGGGGACGUCUAGGAAAGAGCGAUCUUCCUAUCGAGGAAACUAAUCCCAUAGUUUUACCUAGUAAACAUUGUCUGACAAAGUUUUUAGUCCAGCAUCAUCAUAAAGCAGUAUAUCAUCAAGGACGGCUUAUCACGGAAGGUUCAUUAAGAAACAAUGGUUACUGGAUAGUAGGUGCUAAAAGGUUGAUCACCAGUAUCAUUAGUAGCUGUGUUACGUGCCGGAAACUUCGAAGGCCCCUGGAACAUCAAAAGAUGUCUGAUCUCCCUAAGGAUCGACUUGUUCCAGGGCCCCCGUUCACCUCCGUAGGUGUUGAUGCCUUCGGACCUUGGUCCGUAGUCACUAGGAAGACGCGAGGUGGAUCAGCAAACUCGAAGCGGUGGGGAAUGCUGUUCACGUGUCUGACGACACGUGCCAUACACGUGGAGGUAACAGAAGAAAUGUCUAGCUCAUCAUUCAUCAACGCUCUGCGACGGUUUGUUGCUAUCAGAGGCAACGUGAAAGAAAUACGUUCAGACUGUGGAACAAACUUUGUUGGAGCUGUGAACGAGUUACACAUUGACAGCGUUAAUGUUGGAGAUGGACCUACUGCCUCUUAUCUCAAUGAUUCUGGCAUCGUGUGGAAAUUCAACGCUCCACAUUCCUCCCACAUGGGUGGAGUGUGGGAGCGAAUGAUUGGGGUAGUUAGGAGAAUACUUGAUUCUAUGUUAAUGGGUGCUGCAGGCAAAAGUCUAACGCAUGAGAUUUUGGUGACAUUCAUGGCUGAGGUGUGCGCCAUUGUCAACUCUCGACCAGUUGCCUCCAUUUCGCAUGAUCCAAAAUCCCCGGAAAUCUUAAGCCCAGCUGUUCUUCUGAAUCAGAAAGUGAAUUACUAUGACCCAGUUACAGCAUUGAAUUUCUCCGAAAGAGACAUCUAUAAGGGUCAUUGGCGCAGAGUCCAGGCCCUCUCUGAAAUGUUCUGGAAGAAAUGGCGCGAAGGUUACCUUCAAACCCUACAGCCACGUAGGAAGUGGCAGGAUGAUCAACGAGACCUCAAGGAAGGAGAUAUUGUGCUUCUCAGAGAUAAAUCACUACCGCGCAACGAUUGGGCGUUAGGAAUCAUUCAAACUGUGUUUAAAAGUGAAUGUGACAAUAGGGUUCGCAAAGCUGAAGUUCGCGUCGCAAAGGACAACAGAGUGACUGUGUUAACGCGUCCGAUAACAGAAAUGGUUCAUCUUCUUGAAAAGUAG